AUGCUCACCACUUUUGCAGCGCUUUUGAGAGCGUCUCCACUCCAGCACUUCCACACGGUCGACAGGCACCUCGAACACCGCCGAAGACAUCACCAAAGCACCAGCAUCAACAACAUCGCCAACAUCUACUGCUCACAUGUUCUCAGGCCUCCUCGCCGCCACGCUUAG